AUGCCUGCGGAUGUUAACACUGAUUUCGGAUCUUUGUUUGACUUGGAAAAUGAUCUUCCCGAUGAGCUGAUCCCCAAUGGCGAGUUGGGCCUUUUAAAUAGCAGUGGGAACCUCGUUCCAGAUGCGGCUUCCAAACACAAACAACUUUCUGAACUUCUGAGGGGCAGCAGCGGCUCUUCCUUGAACCCAGGGAUUGGCAAUGUGAACUCGAGCAGCCCCGUGCAGCAGGGAGUGGCUGCCCAGGUGCAGGGGCAGCCCAACAGCGCCGGCAUCGGCAGCCUGGGCGCCAUGGGCAAGAGCCCGCUCAACCCAGGGGACUCCUCUGCUCCUGGCCUGGCCAAACAGGCAGCCAGCACCUCUGGACCUACCACACCUGCGUCCCAAACUCUGAACUCUCAAGCACAAAAACAAGUGGGAAUGGUGACGAGCAGCCCUGCGACAUCACAGACUGGACCUGGGAUAUGUAUGAAUACUAAUUUCAGUCAGACACACCAGAGCCUUCUCAACAGUAAUUCUGGUCACAGUUUAAUGAAUCAGCCUCAGCAAGGACAAGGGCAGAUGGCUGGGCACACCGGGCUGAACACAGCACAGACAGGAGCAAUUACUAAACUGGGAAUGACAGGUAACACUACUCCCUUUGGGCAACCUUUCAGUCAAACUGGAGGGCAGCAGAUGGGAGCUGCAGGAGUGAAUCCUCAGUUGCCGAGCAAGCCGGGCAUGGCCAACAGUCUGUCUGCCUUCCCUGCCGACAUCAAGAGUACUCCCGUCACCAGUGUGCCAAACAUGGUGAGUUGGGCCUGCUGCUUCCUGCAAGCUUUACCUCUUCCUCCUGCUUUCUAAGUUUUUGGGUGAUCC